UAAAAAUGUUAUCCUUUUUAUUGUAGGUAUGCAAAUUGUCCAUCCAAUCAUUUAUUCUUAGGUUUAUAUCCAAUUUUGUUUGAAACCCCACCUCCCACCACACAUAUAUCAUCAUCAUCAUCAUUAUUUCCCUUGGUGCCAAACCUAAGACUUCUUCUCUCUAUCUUUCUCUCUUUAUGUGUGCUUUUUAGGGGUUGAAUGAUUGUGGGUCAUUCUUACUUCUUUGUUUUUGCAAUACAAGUUUGAGCAAAAAUGGGGAGAAAGUGCUCACACUGUGGAAACAUAGGCCACAAUUCAAGAACUUGCACUACUUACAAUAGAGGCAAUGCCAAUAGCACAAUAGGUGGUGGUGGAGGAGGUUUAAGGUUAUUUGGAGUUCAACUUGACUCACCACACUCUAUGGUUAUGAAGAAAUGCCUUAGCAUGGAUUGUUUGCCAUCUAGUUCUCUAUUACCGGCCUCAGUUUCACCUUCUUCGUCUUUAUCUUCCUCGCGGGUCUCCAUCAAUGACCUUACCGACAAGAAUAUGUCGGUUGGUUAUCUCUCAGACGGUCUCAUUGCCCGAGCUCAAGAAAGAAAAAAGGGUCUCCCUUGGUCCGAAGACGAACAUCGUCGCUUCCUAGCCGGACUUGAGAAGCUAGGAAAAGGUGAUUGGAGAGGAAUUUCAAGAAACUUUGUGACCACAAGGACACCUACACAAGUUGCAAGUCAUGCUCAAAAGUACUUCCUUCGUCAGGCGAGUCUUGUCAAGAAGAAACGACGUUCCAGCCUCUUUGACUUGGUGAGGGACAAGAAUGGGCUACAAAAUCAAAUAAUGAAAUGUAAUAUGAGUCGAACAAGCUCAUUCGAUGAUGAAUACGAUGAGGAUCAUAACGACAAUAAUCUUUCUUUGAUUGAUUUCGGUUCUCUAAAACAAGAGAAGGGCAGCUACUUCAAUCCAAUGAUCAAAUCCUAUGAAACAUCGUCGUCACCAACAUGUUAUGCGUCUCCAAGCGCUACUCUUGAUUUAGAACUUACUCUUGCUGCGCCCAACCCGAUGGACCAGAACAAAUCGUCUACCACCUCCCUCCAACUCGGUCCGAUCAUUAGUGUUGUUUAGGGAUCAGUUUGAUCUGACACUUUACGUAUGUUAAUUCAUGUUGAAGAAUCUAAUUAUGAUCAAAUGUUGUAGAUAUGUUCUUGAAUUUUGAGACCUUUGACAUGGGUCUUGUACUCCGGUUAGAUAAUAUUUUUGUAACUACAAAUAUAUAUAUGUAUGUACUCUAUUAAAUUAGGAGUAAAAACAAGAGAAUAAUCUUUCUUUGAGCAUA